UGUAAACCGCAGCUGCCACAGUCCAGAGUUCAGCACCCGAGCGGAUCUUUACUCUUUUCUUUAUCUGGACGGCUGCCACACACACACAUACACACUCACACACAUACAUACACACACUCACUCACAGAUACACACGCGCUCACACUGAGUCUUCCUCGCGCAGCUUUCGGACUCUGGACCGGUUCUUUUGGAUCUUACGCUCUUGUUAACCCGUCCUUGGAGCUCUCUGCUGUGGACGCUCCGUGCCGCCAUGGCGCGUCUGUUGUCUUGUGUCCUGCUGUUGGUCUCAGCGCAGACGACUCUCUCCUCCGGGGUCUUCGAGCUGAAGAUCGACUCCUUCACCAGCUCCCGCGGCGUCUGUCGCUCUCCGUCCGGGGACUGCCAGAUAUUUUUCCGCGUGUGCCUCAAACACGCGCAGGACAUCAUUAACCCAGAGCCGCCGUGCACGUACGGGACCGCGCUCACAGAGAUCUUCGGCGCCGACUCCAACUCCAUCUCCCAGAGCGCGCCCAUCAGGGUGCCCUUUCACUUCAAGUGGCCGGGAACCUUCUCUCUGAUCAUUGAAGCCUGGAACGCCGAGUCUUCACGACUUGAUUCUACAGAAAACCAGAACAACCUCAUCAGCCGCCUGGCGACCCGCCGCAGGCUGACCGUGGGUGAGGAAUGGUCUCAGGACGUUCACUUCGGCAACAAGAGCGAGCUGCGCUACUCCUACCACGUGCUGUGCAACGAGCACUACCACGGAGAGUCGUGCACCGCCUACUGCCGGCCGCGCAACGACACCUUCGGCCACUACACCUGCGACGACGAAGGAAAGCGACAGUGCCAAGAGGGCUGGAGCGGCGAGUACUGCUCUGAACCCAUCUGUGCGGCGGAGUGCAGCGAGCACGGCUUCUGCAACUCUCCCGGGGAGUGUGUGUGCCGUCAGGGCUGGCAGGGCGAGCACUGCAACGAGUGCAAGCGAUACCCCGGCUGCGUCCACGGGACCUGCCAGCAGCCGUGGCAGUGCGAGUGCGAGGAAGGAUGGGGAGGCCUGCUCUGCAGCGAAGAUCUGAACUACUGCACCAACCACAAGCCAUGCAAGAACGGUGCUUCGUGCACCAACACUGGCAAGGGCAGCUACACCUGCGCCUGCCAGCCCGGAUUCACCGGCAAGAACUGCGAGACCGAGACCAACGAAUGCGACAGCAACCCCUGCACGAACGGCGGAAGCUGCAAAGAUCUGGUGAACGAUUAUUCCUGUGUGUGCCCUCAGGGUUUCUAUGGGAAGAACUGUUCUGUCAGCGCCAUGACGUGCGCGGACGAACCGUGUUAUAACACAGGGACCUGCGUUGAGAACGUUGCCGGAGGGUACAGCUGUCGCUGUGCACCCGGGUACACCGGCUCCAACUGUGAGAAGAAGCUUGACAAAUGCAGCAGCAACCCCUGCGCUAACGGCGCUCAGUGUUUAGACCUCGGCAGUCGGUUCAUGUGUCGCUGCCGCCCCGGCUUCACCGGCUCUCACUGCGAGAUCAACAUCGACGACUGUGCCGGGAAUCCGUGCCGCAACGCCGGCACCUGCAUCGACGGCAUCAACGACUUCACCUGCACGUGCACGCUGGGCUACACCAGCAAGGAUUGCUCCGUGCGCACCAGCGCCUGCGACCAGUUCCCCUGCGACAACGGCGGCACGUGUUACACCCACUUCACCGGGCCGGUGUGCCAGUGUCUGCCAAGCUUCAUGGGCGCACGCUGCGAGUACUCGGUCACGAAGCCAACCAAAAAACCUCCCAUGAACGUCGACGCCUCUUCUGCGCUGAUCGCCGCCGUCGCACUCGGCCUGGUGACGCUCGCUCUGCUGUUGUGUGCCGCCGUCCACAUCCUGCGUCAGCUCCGCCGGGGCCGAGCGCUGACGGCGCUGACCAGGUCGGUGAAGAACGACCUGGAGACGGUGAACAACCGUAACGCGGUGAUCGGCGGGGGCGGACCGAACAACGGGAGCUUACCAGGAGCAGCGCUGGGCGGCCUGAGAGAGAAGGAGGCGUUCCUCAUGCCUGGAGGACAUUUCAAAGUGUCCAACAAAGACGCAGCGCUGGUGGAGAAGGGCAGCGACAACACGGCCAUGUUUAAAAACAAAAUGGCAGACUGCAACCUGGCCAAAGAGGAGCAGCGCCUGGACAAGAACAAGUUUGACCUGAACAAAUGUGACUCGUCCAUCAUCGUCCCUCCGCUCAGCUUCGUGAAGGACGGUCACCCGGUGUAUCACCCGGUGUUCAUCAUCCCCGAGCAGAUGGAGCAGUGUGUGUUUGCAACUGAGGUAUAACCUCCAGCUUUCAGACAGACGGAACUUUAUGAAACGUUUCGUGUUCGGGACAGUUCACCCAGAGGAUCCAACAUUAUUUUAUUAUUUUAUUUAUUUAUUUCUGCUGCUCGAGCGAAAGAAACAAAAAGAUCAACGAUGUUUGGAUGGAAAGAGAACGAGCAGAAAAGACGGAAGCUGGCGUCAUUUGGCACUAUUUAUCUUUUUUUUAAUAUAUAUAAAAUAUAUACUUUAAAUCUUAAUAUAAUACUUUUGUCUGUAUAUCUGAAUUUUCUUUCAAACGUGAAUGAGAGGAUAUAAAGAAUCAAAGCCGUCCACCAAUCAGAGAGACCGGUGCCUUAGCUAUGCUUCUUAAUCACUGUGGAAACUGUUUCCUGUACCCUUUCACAAUAAGAUGUCAAUCAACGCAUCAGAGGACCUGCUUACAGGAACAGGAGAUGGACUUUUGUUUUCUUUUGAACGUGAAGCAUCACAUCGCCUUACAAUCACAUCCGGUCCUACAGACUCUGAACUGAAGUGCCUCUUCUUCCAAAAGAAAACUGCAACCAGACUUUAAUCCAGCUGAGUCCAGCUUCAGUGGAAACGUCCUGAACCCACGUCCGUCCCCCUCGAGGGACGUUUGUACAACAAUCAUCCUGUUUCUUCCAUUUUCACCCCCUGAACAGAUAAUCAACUCUGAUAAUCGACUGUAAGUGCCACGGGCCUGAUGAAGGUCCAACUGAGCUGGAUUUCAUCGUUCAAAUUUAGCAUUUCCUGUCAUUUUACUGUGGAGCAGAACACCACUGUCACAGCCAGUAAACAGGAAACCAUAAAACCUCCCACUGUUGUUCUGCAGCAUUCCAGAGCCUGAACCUGGAGUUCAGUCUGAGUCUGAGCAGUGACGGACCCGUCCUGAUGUCACUUCAUCUGGAUCCAUUUGAUACCAAAAACAUGUUGUGUCCCCGUGUAGUCCUGUGUCUUUGUGCUAUCUUCGUUAAUUUAAGAAAACAAUGCAAUGUGUACAUACAGAAGAUAGUUUUCUUAUUUAAGUUUGCCCUUUGUAAAUAAUUCUGUAUUUAUGAAAGAGAAUUGUAUAUUUGUCUACGUUAAUGUGACCAGUGUCAAGAAAUAUAUUUUUUCAUAAAUAAAUUAGAAAAAUAACGUUAA